GUUGACGCGGACAAGCGCAGAGCAGAGACCACCACUCCAGCCUCGUGCAGUCUGCCGAGAGCAAGGCGGCGGGGGUUUUCCUAGUAGCUGCAGUCGAUUGCUUGGCAUCUUUAUCAGCUCGCGAUCUCCCUGCUCCCUCCUAUAGUUAUCUCCAGAUAUUGCAGCGAAGGUGGAAGCAGCACUUGAGAGAGAGAGAGAGAGAGAGAGAGAGAGUUCUUGGACGAAUCCAUCCAGGGAGUGGGGAGCGGUCGAGGGAGAAGAGAAGAGGAACAGAGGGGAUGGAGACGGACAGCCCGCGGAGCCCCGAGGCGGAGAUCGGGCACCGGGUGGAGGACCUCUGGGAGGUGGCGGAGCCGCAGCUCUCGCCGUCCGAGAAGCUCAACUCCUGCUUCGAGGACAUCCCCGUCGCGUCCUUCCCCCGCACGCACCCCUCGCAAGCGAAACGCAGGCACCCGGUCGCGGUCGCAGGGGUACUAGUAGUAUCAUCCUGCUGCUUAUCAGCUCCGAUUCCGCUCCCUUUCCGGUCCUGGUUACAAGCCGUUCGUUUGGUCUUGAUGCUUAUGCAGCGAUUAAACGGGGAACACUGAAAGUAGCAUCGUGUAUCAGUUCGGAUGCAAUUAGAUCAGACGAACGAACAGUUCUCUCUCCGUGCCAAUUGCAUUUCGUUCGCUGGUGUUGUUUGGACUUAGGAGCCCCUUGCUCAUCUGGCAGCUGGGGCUGGGGAGCUGAUAGCCAGGGUCGAACAGAGUCAGUGUCAACCAUUUUGAGUUCUGUCAUCACCUUUUCUUCCUUUUCUGAUAAUAACUUCCACUGGACAAACAACUAUGGUGUUCUUUGUAGCCUUAUGCAGCUCUUGUGAUCAACUUAGUAGGCCUGUCUUUUCUGAAGCAAAUGCACAGGCCGUGUCCAAGUGUUCUUGACAGGAUGGUAGUUCGAUACUAUUUCUUGAGGAUCAGUAUAACAAAUAUCCCUGUUUCAGUCUAAUACAGAAAGUUUUUAUUUUCUUCCCGGACCUCUACAGCAGUUACGCACUUAUGCUGAACCUUGGAAAGAAAAUAACUUUCCUUGUUGUCGUGAUAUGGGGCCGAACAUUGUGAUUCUGGUUGUUGGUUGAAGGGUCCUUUUCCUCCCUUGACCAACUAAGCAGGAGCCAGGGAGCGCUUUCUUUAUUGUCAUGAUAUGUGUCACUUUGUGAGUUGAUGUGGAUAAUUAUCAGCUUGCUCAGAAAUGGCCCACCUGACAUGAUUGAAAUAUAUAUCUUCUGGAACAGUGAGGGUCCAUGUUACCAUUCUUUUGCUCUUAGUUGUGAUCUUAUCUAGAGAACUAAGGUGUUGAACUGCUUAAAAAGAUAUAUCAGCUGAGCUCCUCACACAUGUUUCUUGAUUUGCAUCAAUGAGCUUAUACAGUCAUGCAGAAAUGUACAAAGACGCUUAGGUCCCAUUCCAUUUUUUUCUUUUCUCGAAUGCACAGGAGAACUGCGCAUCAAUAUAUUAAGAAGAAGAAAAAAAGGGGGAGGAACCCCAAAUACCAAACAGCUACAGGGUUAGAGGGCCUGUAGCAUGCCCUGAAAAUAAACUUAAUAAUAAACUUUUUGUCUACCCUGUCCCUUAUCUCCUUCUUUCUUGGACACCAUCUUCUGUUAUCUGUUUGAUCAAUCAGGUGAUGCUAGACUGAACAACUCCCACUCAAAGUCCAAGCAAGUUGCCAAUGACAAGGCAACACCUCCAAAACUAAAGUGAAUAGCAUCAAUGGCAUGCCAAAUAUUCUUGGUGAUGCUGUUCCAUUUUAUAUCCUAGAGCAAACAUCUUUACUCUUUGAUGUUCAUGUACGAGCUAAUCUAAUUGUGAUUUUAUUCAUAUGGGUUGCUUAUGCAUUCUUAUCCGUUAAAUAAAUGUAUGCUUUCUUGAGUUUGCAGUUUAAACUUCCAGAUCCUUUGAUUUUCUUCAAACAUGUUUUCAGCUUCUUUACUAAAAAUAUCAAAUCCAAAGGAACAAAACUAUUAAACUCAAAGGUUGUUUUAUGGUACUGAUGAAUAUUCCAUGUAAUUAUUUUGAGUUGAUGGGGGUACUGGAAUACCUCAAAUGCUUUUUUGAAAUUUCUUUAUGUAGCCUAAGUACUCCCUCCAUUUUUAAAUAUAAUCAAAUAAUAUUUUCUGGCUUUGAAUGUAAAAAAUGUGAUGUUUCUCAUGCAGUAAUUGAGAUACCCUCUGAUGCCAGUCUUUCUGAAACUGUUGAAAUAUUGUCCAAAAACAAAAUCCUGAGUGCACCCAUAAGAAACGUUGAGGCUCCAGAAGAUGCUAGUUGGAUGGACAAAUACAUCGGUAUUGUGGAAUUUGCUGGUAUUGCCAUGUGGCUGCUCAGUCAGUCUGAUGCUGCAGCUAAUGGGACGGCUGGUUCUGGAAUAGGAUCACCUGUCUCCAAUCUAGUUUCUAGGUUGGGUUCCUUCACAUUCAGAAGGACAUCAUCCGGCAGGGUAGAAACUGCUACUGAUUCUGAAUCAGAUGAAGCUGCAUCGGUUGGAGGAAGUUUUUUCGAAACCCUAACUUCCUCUGAGUUCUACAAGAAUACAAAGGUUGGCGAUAUCUCAGGGAGCUUCCGGUGGGCACCAUUUCUUGCACUGCAGACGUCUGACACAUUCCUUACCAUGUUGCUGCUUCUGUCUAAGUACAGAAUGAAGAGCCUGCCAGUAGUAGAAGUUGGAGGAGAUAAGAUUGAGAACAUCAUCACACAAUCUUCUGUUAUGCACAUGCUUGCAGAGUGUGUUGGGCUCCCAUGGUUUGAGAGCUGGGGAACUAAGAAACUUUCUGAGCUUGGGCUUCCUAUCAUGAAACCAUCCAAACUUGUCAAGGUAAAUGAAGAUCAGCCGGUUCUAAAAGCCUUCCAACUGAUGAGGGAAAAAGGAGUUGGUGGUCUACCAGUCAUGGACACGAGUGGAGCAAAAGCAAUUGGUAACAUCAGUAUCAGAGAUGUUCAAUAUCUUCUAACUGCCCCCAAGAUAUACAAAGAGCACAGGACAAUCACAACAAAGGAUUUUCUCACUGCGGUGCGACAGCAUCUCCAGGAGCAACAUGAGACCUCACCCUUUCUGCACGAUGUGAUCACUUGCAAAAAGGACGACACGAUCAAGGACAUUAUACUGAAGCUGGACUCUGAGAAGAUUCACAGGAUCUACGUUGUAGAUGACAAAGGGAACACUGAGGGGGUCAUCACAUUGAGGGACAUAAUCUCCAAGUUGGUGCACGAGCCUCGCCACUACUUUGGGGAUUUCUUCGAUGGUGUUGUUCCCCUGCCUGCAAAUAGCACUGUAUGAGACAAAAUCGUGGUCCAAUCGCACUGAUGUACCUGUGCAAAUGUAUAUUAUGAACCGUUCUCUUCGGAGGUUCCUUGCUGUGCAUUUCUUUUCCCAACCUCCUCAUGUGAACAGAGUAUGAACAAGAAAGUAAAAAAGACCAAUUCGCUAAUGAAUGGAAAUGGUGUACCCUGGAUAACUUGGGA